AUAAAUAUAGCGUUGCAGCCCUAUAGAUUAGUUAAACAAAUUGCAAAACAAAACGUAAUGGCGGAUGCCGAUGCCGGCAAAUCGGCAACUUCUCUCGACAAGAGAGUCCAAAAUAUUGGAGACUUGGCGCACUGGCAAAGGAGUCGCGCCUAUCAUGAUCUCAUUGGCUAUAUCAAUGGGACAAGUGCCGCCAUACAGGGUAUCAAGACAACGGACGAGAUGUACGAAUCGGAGAUGCUAAAGAAACUGUUGAGUCUCUUUGAAUCGCUGGAGAAACUGGUCGAGCAGCAUCCUCCCUUGGAUCAGCCGCAACGUUUCGGCAACAAGGCCUACAGGGAUUGGGCCCGGGAGAUGCGUCUAGAAUUGCCAAAGCUAUUGGAGCAGUUGAUUCCCCCUUCGAAAUUGAAAUAUCUAAAUGAAUUGCAACAAUAUUUGAUGGAAGCCUUUGGGAACGCCACAAGAAUCGAUUACGGCACUGGUCAUGAACUGUCCUUCAUGUUCUUCCUGUGUGCCCUGUUUAAGGCGGAAAUACUGCUAGAACAGGAUAUUGUGAGUGCGGCGUUGAGGUUAUUUAAUCGAUAUUUGGAGUUUGCCCGAACUCUGCAGAGGACCUACAAUAUGGAACCGGCUGGAAGUCAGGGUGUGUGGUCCCUGGAUGAUUUUCAGUUUGUCCCCUUCAUUUGGGGCAGUGCCCAGUUGGCAGUGAAAAGUCCCUUUGAUCCGGCUAAAUUUGUUGAUGAGCAGAUUAUCAAUGACCACAAGGAUCACUAUAUGUUCAUGAGUUGCAUCGAUUACAUUUGCAAAGUGAAAACUGGGCAUUUUGGUGAGCACUCGAAUCAAUUGUGGAGUAUCACAGCGGUUCCUUCGUGGGUGAAAAUCAAUACCGGAUUGGUCAAAAUGUACCAAAAAGAGAUUCUGUCGAAAUUCCCUGUGAUCCAGCAUGUUUACUUUGGCGAAUUGAUGUCAUUUGAGCUUGUGGCGCCUGGCACCACUUUGAGCAAUGCACGAUUGGGUCAGUUGGCGGCGCCGCCCUCUAAACGUAUAUGUAUAGCUGGCGCCCCGAUUCCACCACCCCCGGUGGCCCUUGUGCCACCGCCGCCACCUGCAGAGGCCCUGAAUCCUGACCUCAAUGUGGGCGAUUCCAGCAGCGAGAGCAGUGACAAUAGCGUCGUAUUGUGUCCAUCGGCCUCAUCGGCUUCUCUGGUGGCCAGCACCACUGAGGGAUCUGGCGAUAAGCCCACUCCACCAUCCUCUGGCGAGCGGGAUGCGUCCAAGGAUCAUCCAGCCGUAUAGUUCAAAAUAAACUGUGUUAUCAAAAUGUCUCAUUCGA